UAGCUGUCUGGCCUUUCAUAAUCAGCAACUUCUAGUGCUUGACUUUGUUCUUUACAAACUUUCUUGUUCCUCCAUCUGAAAGGCUUCCCCAUGGCCGUUUCCCCUUCAUGGAUUUGAAAUCUAGUACUAGCCUGGCCCUGGAGAAGAUGAGCCACACACCCACAGUACAAGAGGUCGACGACGAUGAAGUCUUUCCCGAGAUGCGGAUGAGCACCAAUACAGCCCAGGACACAGAAUCGCCGUUGUUACAGCUUCCGACCGAGCUUUUACAUUUCGUUCUAUCGUAUCUUUCGGCACAAGACCUCGCUCGUCUGUCGGCCACCUGUCGCUGCUUGGCCGAGCACACGGCUAACGAUCUGCUGUGGGCCAACGUGGUCAACUCCUACUUACCAGAGAAAAUUCACGAUUCGGGACCAUUUGGCUCCUUUCGCAGUCUCUAUAUUGCGUACCAUCCUUGCUGGUUCAUCCCCCAGAAAAAGAUCUGGUUUUCAGAUACUGAGCACACGGGCAAUCUAAUCCUGGCCCGUUACGAUCACCGUCGAGGCGUUAUCGAAGCGUAUCGGGUUAUUGCAGAACGGCGUUCACCCUCGCACAAGUUCCAGAUUUGGGAAUGGAAUCCAGAGGUUAUUAUUCAAACCUUUCACCCGAAACCUAGCCUUUGGCUAGACAGUCCUAUAUUACUCCUGAGAAAUCAUGAUGGUGAACGGCAUUAUCUGCGCGGAGAGAUCCGCAUGCCCUUGCCGUUGGAAUCACAGCAGGUCUUUAAUUCCUUAUCGUUUUGCCCCAAGGGACCUCCUCCAGACCCCGACCCAUAUAAGCAAUGGCCGCCGCCCAUUGUACCUAGUCGAAAUCGCGUAUAUCGGAGCCCCGAAACGCAUGGUUCGGAAUGGGAGCGUAAUCCUGGACUUCUGGAAAUAAUGUCAGAAGAUGCGUUUCGGAUUAGAAGAUGGGCGCAUUUUCGUCUGGGUAUGCCGAUGUUUGCUGCCGGCCGAAGCGAGACCUUAUCGACCUACGCGACACUUGAUCCGCACCUAUAUACGUCUACCAGGCAAAAGCCCUAUCAGGGUAUAUGGAUUGGAGAUUACUCCGCCCACGGAUGUGAAUUCCUGCUUUUCUUGCAACGUGAUAGCGAAGAUGGGCUUAACGGUACGCCUGACGAGGGCGAGUCUGAGUUCCUUCAUGAUGGCAUUAUCCAGAAAGGUAGCCUCGAGGCUAUCAAACUAACUGGAGACCCCAAUGUCCCUCGAGGCGAGCUCUCAUUCAUUUCGGAUGACAUCGGACCUAAGGGUUUUGUCCGUGUCGCAGAUGAAUCGCUUUUCCGAGGGGCGAGGAUUGUGCGUAGUCGAGGACAUGUAGCGGGUCUCGGGUUUAGAGACGAUACUUUCAUCGCCUCACAACUUAUUCUCAUAUCACCUGAUUGUAUAGCUCACUAUUGGGAGACUAUGGGGCAUAUCUCGUAUUUCCGCCGCCUCGACAUAGACGAACUUAUUCGGAUAUGAGCGGAUGUGUGAUUAUUCUUACGACGUAACGAUUCGUGCCUACUGCUUGCUCCCCUCCUUGAGAGUUAAUGAUUCAAAUAUAUGUAUGGCGGCUGUGUACACACUGUCUAGAUGACAAAACCAUGGUUGGCGCGUCGAACACCCCUCGAUGAACACGUAUUAGGCCAAUCCUGAUGUCU